GAUUGGGUGUGCGAAUGGUUUUGUUUGUACUGACUAGAUUCUAGACUGUAUUUGAUCAUCUCUUGCUUUGCCUAGCACGUUGCUUGGUGCUAUCCGCCACUCGUCCAAGGAGACCCUCCUCAUACUGGUGUAGGCACAUCACGAUCCCGAAUGGUCACCCCACCAGGCCUAAGUACACAGUCGUCGCAAAUCGUGUUCUGAACAGCUGACAAUGCCACCCUCAUGCUAUCUCAUCUCAAAUGUUAGCUUCCAUUGAUCCGCAUCGGAAAAAAUGCACGACCAUCAAAUAUAAAGACACCCAUCCAUCCAUCCAUCUCUCACCUCUCCAGCCCCCAGCCCCCACGACUCAUCACGCCCCAAAAUGGCAAUCGAAAACAUCACAAUAAUCGGGAACAGCUCACUCACCCACCCCAUCAUAACCGCCCUCCUCUCCACCCCAUCCCCCACCCCCUACAAAAUCUCUAUCCUAACCCACCCCUCACACCCCCUCUCCCUCCCCCCACACAUCCCCCCUAACACCAUAACCCACAAAACCAGCGACUUCACGCCCUCCUCCCUGCACGCCGCCUUCCUCGCCCAAGACCUCCUGAUCAGCAUAACCUCCGGCACCGACACCGCGCUGCAAACCCGCAUCAUCACCGCCGCCCUCGCCGCAGGUGUGCCACGCUUCAUCCCCCACGAAUUCACCCACGAUACGCAAAACCCGCGUAUCCAGUCCCGGCUCCCCGCCUCCGCCGCGCGUGCAAAAGUCCUCGCCCACCUCGCUGCGCAGGAUGGCCAGAUCGAGUACGUGGGCGUAGCAACGGGGUACGCGCUCGACGCCGCGCUCGCCAGCGGGGAGAUGGGCUUCGAUCUCGCGUGGCACAGCGCGACGAUGCAUGGGGCUGGGACGGAAGUGUUCCCCGCCUCUAGCCUCGCGUAUGUGGGGCGCGUUGUGGCUGCCGUUGUGCGCCGCUGGGAUGUAGUGCGGAAUUCGUAUAUCUAUGCUGCGGGUGUGUUGACGUGCGCGGAAGAGGUGCUGGGUGCGGUUGAGCGGGUUACGGGGAGGGAGUGGACGGUGGGGAGGUAUGGGGUGGAGGAAUGUGUGCGCGAGGGGGGGGAGAGGAUUAAGCGUGGGUUUCUGGAUUCGGGCGUUGAGUUGCUGGAGAGGAGUUUGCUUUAUGAUGGGGGGGUGGGGGGUGUGGAGCCUUUUCGGACGCGCGGUGCAAGGGAGAUUUUGGGGCUGGAGGGGGAGACGGUGCAGGGUGUUGUGGAGGCGGCGUAUCAUGCGUUUAAGCACAGGGCGGAGGGGUGUGGGUGUUAGGUAUGGGGGUGUUGCUGUCGGGGGGUGUUUGGUUGUCCUGGGACGCAAUAAUCGGCGUGAUUAAGGGCCGUAUACUCAACAGGUUAUGCGCGUCUAUCCAUAUACUAACUAUAUUAUAUACCUUGUCAAAACCAAGUAUAGCAGAUGCCGAACCUGCAAAGACAAAGAAAGUGUGAUUCGAAAAGAUUGGAGUCUGGUACACAGAGAUGCCUGGAACGUACGUGUCAGUAGCAUACCCACACUCCAGAACACCUUGUAACGAGCAUGAUGAUACCAUGCCAACGUAGGACCGCAACAUUCUAGAAAAUACCUUAGCAAGCUGUGUUGUACACACACACACAUACACACGCGACUGCGUUCUUUCUCUCGCUCACGAGGAC